UUGGCCACCUACACAAUCUCUCACAUGGAGAACAUAUCAUCAUCUGGGAAAAAGGGGGCUUUGCUGCGUAAUCUCAUCUCCUUCAAUUUUAGGAAAAACCCUCUUGGGUAUGGAAGAAAGAGGCUCCGAUAGCGGUGAGGGCGCACCGCUUAUGAUUGCAAUGAAAAAGGGAAGCGCCGCGGCGGCGGAGGGAGACGAUCGUCCCGGGAUUCCUCAAUUAUUUAGCUCAGUGCCAUCUCUGAAUGAGGCGGCGGCGUAUCUCGCCGGAACCACGUCGAUUUUCACCCGCUGUUUCCCUGAUAUUUCAAUAAUCCCUGCAUCUGAAGAACCUCCUGGAAAUGAAAUGGUUCAAUUUGUGUCGGGAGAUGCUAUAGAAGAGACCAGAUCUUUAGUAACUAACAGAAAUGUUUCUUCAAGUGGACAUGAUUUAUCUGCUUCCGAAUUUGAUGCUCCGUUAGUCCAUGGUGCAAUCACUAUGGGCUCGGGUCGAGCGUCUUCUCAAAAUUCUAAUGCGAUUGUGCCAGCAAAUACCAACCCAAAUGGCAGUUCCAUUUUUCAGGGCCUCAUUGAAAAGGUUAGGCGGACAGUUCAGGGCUCUGCCGAUGAUAUUGGCUGGCUACAAAAAGAUCCAGACAUGCCACCGGUUGAAGAUGGAACUGAAAGAUUUACAGAAAUACUUGAUGAAAUACGACAUGGUGUGCACCGGUUGCCAAACACAAUGAUUUACUUGUUAGUCCCAGGUCUCUUCAGCAACCACGGUCCUCUUUAUUUCAUGAGCACAAAGACAAGUUUUUUGAAGAUGGGGCUCACUUGUCAUAUAGCCAAAAUUCACAGUGAGGCUUCAGUGGAAAAGAAUGCCAAAGAGAUUAAGGACUAUAUAGAAGAAAUAUAUUGGGGUUCCAAGAAACGUGUGUUGCUGCUCGGUCAUAGUAAAGGCGGAAUAGAUGCUGCGGCCGCUUUGUCCAUAUAUUGGGAUGAACUGAAAGACAAGGUUGCUGGAUUAGCGUUAGCGCAGAGUCCAUACGGUGGAAGUCCAAUCGCUUCUGAUAUCCUCCGAGAAGGUCAACUUGGCGAUUAUGUAAACAUGCGUAAGCUGAUGGAGAUCCUCAUAUGUAAAGUAAUCAAGGGCGAUAUGCAGGCUUUAGAAGACUUGACUUAUGAGAAAAGGAAAGAGUUCUUGAGGAAAUACCAAUUACCGAGGGAGCUGCCUGUCGUUUCCUUCCACACCGAGGCGAGGAUCUCCCCUGCAGUUUUGGCCACAUUAUCUCGUGUUGCUCAUGCAGAGCUCCCCAUGUUCUCUGGGCAACCUACAACGCUGCCUGUGAUCGUACCUCUGGGUGCUGCAAUGGCUGCCUGCGCGCAGCUGCUUCAGAUUAGGUACGGUGAGAAGAGCGAUGGGCUUGUCACUUGCCGCGAUGCAGAGGUUCCUGGCUCGAUCGUGGUCAGGCCAGAGCGCAAGCUAGACCACGCCUGGAUGGUGUACUCAUCGUUGAACGAUGAUCCAUUAGAAGCAGACGCGUCUCAAGUGUGCGAAGCACUUCUCCGCAUGCUCGUUGAGGAUGUGAGGAAAGAGAAAGACGAAGCUGCCAAGAAGGAAGAAUGAGAUGGUUCUGGACUUCUGGUUGCUUCAGUUUUACUAAUUUUUGCUUUUUUGUACUACUAUUUAGGUGAUUAUAGUCAGAUCAAUUUUUUUGUUUCUUUCUUUGUUUUCUCCUUUUGAAUUGGCUGUGUUCAACUAAUUAUAUAUUCAAGCAUGGCUCACAUUUAGUAAAA